AUGGUUCCCAAGUAUUUCACACGCACGGCUGGGCUGUUGUUUUUCACCACCACUACUACUUUCUUUGUCGGCAGUAGUGCUCAAGAGGUCGUCGUGGUUACGGUCGAACAAACUGCAGACGCAGCCACCACGUCAACGGUAUGGGCAACACCGACAAUCCCCAGUCCGGCCUCCUACACCUCGCUCGACGAUUUCAAGGACACCGUGCUGCAGGUCAGCAACGAUUACCGCAACGCCCACGAUGCAAGCCCACUAGUCUGGAACGAGACGCUGGUGGAGUACUCGCGGGACUGGGCAGAAGCCUGUAUCUGGAAACAUUCGAACGGCCCCUAUGGCGAGAACCUCGCAUACGGCUAUUCUAAUGCCUCGGCUGCAGUGGCUGCCUGGGGCGAUGAACGCACGCAAUACGACUUCGGCAAGCCGACCGGCUUUACGGAGGCGACGGGCCAUUUCACGCAGUUGGUAUGGCGGUCCACGACGGAGAUGGGAUGCGCAGCGGUCAACUGCGGAUACACGGAAGACCAGAACUCGCAUCAUGUUCGACGCAGCCCGGACGGAAAAUCUCGCGCCCAGGGCUGGUAUGUGGUGUGCGAGUAUACGCCGGCAGGGAAUGUGGUGGGCAGACAUGACAAAUUCUUCAAGUUGAAUGUGAAGGCACGUACCGUGUCUGAGACGUCUGCUGCGUCGACUCCGUCUAUUGCGUCCACUGGAUCGGGUGUUCAGCCGACAGGUGGCGCGCGAGUGCGGGUUGGCGUGGACUCGACAGUGGGGGUGAUGCUGCUGGCGCUGGGGACGGUGGGAGUGGGAAUGGGCCUGUAUACGUAA